AUGCUUCUCCCCUCCAUCCUUCCCUCAACUCCGGCGGUCCAAGACGUUACGUCCACCGAGCAGCAGGUCAAUGAUGUCCAGACGUACGUCAACGAUGUCCAGUUUUCGGCCAAAGUCACCACACCAGAACAAACCCCGAUAUUUAUUUGUGCAAUGAAAAAUUGCAACCGUCUUUUUCCUUCUCGCGACCGGGUGAUGAUGCAUCGUAAACGAGACCAUGACUCUACGGACGAUACGUUGAUAAUAACUUGGAAUGAGUAG